AUGUCGUCGUCGGCGUCUCGGCCAGCUCUCGGCCUCGACGAGCGGCUCGGCUACGUGCAGUGCAGGUUCUGCGCCACCAUCUUGCUGGUGAGCGUGCCGUGCAGCGGCCUUCUCAAGAUGGUGGCCGUGCAGUGCGGCUGCUGCGCCGGCGUCCUCUCCGUCAGCGUGGCUUCUCCCCCUCCGCCGCCGCCGCCGCCGUCCGUCGAGCUGCCUCUUCAGGAGCUGGGCAUUGAUCCGCCGCCGAGAGAAUGGUCGGACGACAGCAGCGCCGGCAACGACAACGACGACGACGGGGAGGGAGAGGUCGUGGAGAGGAGUGCCACUGCCGUCAACAAACGUAGACAAACUUACCCGUCUUUUCUUGUGCACCGGCAGACAGAUCAUGAGCUAUGCUUCUUUUGCAGCGCCGGUGAGGAAGCAGCGGACGCCGUCGGCAUACAACUGUUUCAUCAAGUAAGAAAUAAGCAUGCAGCCAUAACAUUUGACAAGCAUUUCAUGGAAGAGAUAAAGAGGAUUAAAGCCAUGGAGCCUGACAUCACCCACAAAGAAGCAUUCAGCACGGCUGCUAAAAACUGGGCUCACUUACCCAGAAUUCAGCACAAGGGAGACUGA